CAUAUAAACAGUCACCUUCUCCCUAUUCCCACAGCCGAAACCCUAGAUCUCGCCGCCGCCCUCCUUGGCUCCCGCUGCUCUGCUGCUGCUCCUUGGCUCGCUCUGGGAGAAGACGAAGAGGAGAAAAGAAAGCUGACCAUGAAUCCAGAUCCAAUGGAAGUGCAAGAACCACCACCCCAUAGGAACGAGAAAACCAUCUUUGAGAUGUGCAGAGAAGCCAGAAACUUUCGUACUAAUGCUAGGAGGUGUGGCACUCUUCUUCAGCCCUACGAAUUUAGCUGUCCACAAACUGCAGAACUUGGAUUUAAAAAUGGUUAUAUCUAUUAUUCAAGCAAGGCAAUAAAGUUUGCUGCGGAUAUAGAACAAGGAUUUGACUCAGAGGAACUGCAGAAACGAGCUGCCACCUUCUGGGUUCUGAAUGAAGUGCCUUUUGGUCAGCUAAACCCAUUGGGGCUAAAUCCAUCCGUUGAUGUAGGGAUUGUUAAGACCUACGGCGUGGCCUAUAAUACCCUUAUUGGAAAAACAAUUAUUGCCUUGGCUCGCUCUCAACAAAGUGUGCUCUCCUGGAUAGCAAAUCCAAAUAACAGUAUAUUCGUUCGUGAUCAGUUAAGAAAUAGUAUUAGGUCUUUGUAUGUGGCACUGGAGAGGUUAUGGGACAAACAGUGGACAGUAGAUAAUGUGGAAGAUAUUGGAACUUACGCUAUUAAUGAGAAUAUGAUCCAAAUUAUGCCAUUCCGAGUUCGUGGAAGGACUCUUGAUGAUGAGAUGACACCUAGGCAGGGUUUGCAACUACUGAUACAGACCAAUAUUUUGCAACAUUGGCCAGAUGAUAUUGAACUGGCGCACUUCAGUGCAUUCCUCAUUAACCCAAAUAUAAACAUAAGGAAACAAGAUGUCCUCGAUCAUCCAUUCCUAGUCACAGUCCCCCACGUUAGGGAGAGCAAGUAUAAAAGAUUAUAUGAAAAAGGAAUUUUUUUUACCGAUGACCAAAUAGAUUGGUUGGAUAAACAUAUCUUCUUACAGGGGUGGCAACUCAAUGUUCAAGACCCGUCUCUUACAGCGAUUCUGGACCAUCAAAUUGAAGUUACCGGGGGGGUGGGGUUUGCUCAAACAGUUUUUGGAGCCUUGCACUUUGCCAAAGUAGUCAUAGCUCAUUAUCACCAGUAUGAUGUUAAUAGGCGGCCUCUUCUUGAUGAUGAUCUCAGGCAUCUUCUGCAAGGACUUCUUACUGGAGUAUAUGGUGCUAGGUUUAAUGAGGAAUUUAUUGCUUUGGCCUGAAGCCUAAUGAGGAAUUUAUUGCUGAGGACCCGGCGCUUAAUGAUGAAUUUAUUGCAGAGGGCUAGGGCUAGGGUUAUUGUCUCCGCUUCAUCCAACUAUAUAUUCGUAUGAGCUUUGUCAGCUUUGGUUUUGAUUACUUGCAAGUAGUCAGAUAUGCACCAUGUCCUAUGGUCAGUGUAUGAAUUGUAAACCUCAAUUAUCUCAACCUUAUCCAACUAUUCAUGUGAGCUUUUUCAGCUUUGUUUUGAUUACUUGCAAGUAGUGAGAUAUGCACCAUGUCCUAUGGUCAGUGUAUGAAUUUUUAACUUUAAUUAUCUCAGCCUUAUCCAACUAUUCA